GCCCAACUGCAAUGUGAAGAUCAUUCUCAUAUGAUUAUUCUUCAUCAUAAAGCACAUGAUCCCGGUCCACGAAGCUUUCGUUAAGUUCCAAGUUCCAUCCGCCAAAGGCUGAGGCUGAGAGUUGCUGGCGCUGCCUUUCUGAGGAUCCAAUCAUGUUGAUUGCGCAUGACGAUUUAGUUUCCUCGCUUCAGUGAAUCUGUCCAUCCACAGAUUAUGACGAUGAGACUACUGACAUGGAAUAGAAUUCAUGAACCACGCCGACUACUCAGACAUGACCAGCGGAAAAGCUGUCUCAGUGCGGGUCCACCCAUUAUUAUUGAGCACCCUCAAGACUCGUCCGUGGUGCGGAAUGAGCCUGUCACACUGAGAUGUGAAGCCCAAGGCGAGCCACAGCCGCAGAUCAAAUGGUUCAAAGACGGCGAGCCCGUGAUAACCGCUGCCACUGACUACAAGUCCCAUCGCGUCCUCCUGCCUUCGGGUUCCCUGUUCUUUCUCCGGGCCGUCCAAUCGAAGAAAGAAAACGAUGGCGGAAUCUAUUGGUGUGAGGCCACCAACACAUUCGGCCAAGUGGCCAGCCGGAACGCCACCUUGGUCGUAGCAGACCAAGCUCACCCCGGUCACGACAACGACAACGACGACAGUUGCCUUAGUUUCGCUGGAGGGCGAAGGACUUUGAUUAUUGACGAAGUCCAAACCUCGGAUGAAGGUGAAUAUCAGUGUGUGGCCAAAAAUGUAGCUGGAAUCAAGGCCUCAGCCAAAGCCCAGCUCUCACUUCAAGUCGUUCCGUAUGUCAUCAAGCAUCCGACUAAUGUUUCGGCCGUGGCGGGCGAUACAGUUCGAUUUGGGUGUGCCGUCAAAGGCCGUCCGCAUCCCGAGAUCCGCUGGUCCCGUUCCAAUGGGAUGCUACCUGCCCAAAGAGUUCACACCACGGAUGGAACCCAAUUGACCCUGACAAACAUCCUUCCCGAAGACGAGGAUGUCUACACGUGUCUGGCCGAGAACCAAGCUGGCUUUGUCCAAGCCUCGGCGCAUCUUCAGGUUUUUUCUCCACCCGUGUUCCUCGUGAAGCCCACUGAUCAGAAAACCACUCUGGGUUCCACGGUCCAAGUGCCGUGUGUGGCGGCUGGCAACCCUGUGCCAAUCUUGUUCUGGAUGAAAGAAGGUGGAUCAGGGGUGCUCCUCCCUGGUUCCAAUCAGGGACACGUUCACGUCAGUCCCGAGGGAAUGCUGAGAAUCGAGAAUGCAUCCGAAAAGGACUCAGACGUGUACACGUGUUCCGCAGUGUCCGAAAGUGGGGCUAUUUUGGAACGAACUCAAAUCAAGGUUCAAACUUCAAUGGACAGACCUCCUCCCAUCAUUCAAAUGGGUCCGGUGAAUCAAACGCAGAAAUUGGGCUCCUCGACGAGUUUCCCUUGCGAGGCCACGCCCCAAACUCGAGUAGAAUGGCUCAAGGAUGGGGUUCCUAUAUCCACUAUGGACGAUCCUAGGAUCAAAGUGGACAACGACAACACACUUCACUUUGAAGGGUUGGAGAUCUCGGACUCUGCGUUGUACACAUGUCAAGCAAGGUCCAUGAGCGGUCAGGCCAUGUUAUCCGCCUUUCUCCGAGUGGCUCGACCCAAUGAAGCGGUGGAAUUUGAUUCUGUUCCAUUCCUGUCAGAAUUUCCUGGGUCCCCUUCUGAGCCCUACCUCGUUAAUGCCACUUCCCAUUCCCUUGUCAUUGCUUGGGAAAAGCCCAUUCGAAUUGGAGCCUCACCCAUUCAAAGCUACUUGGUAACUGCAAUACAACUUCAGGCUAUUAUCAAAGACGACAUAAACAACCGAUAUUUCUUCUUUAUCCAGAUUGAGUAUUACACCUCGAGUACGCCCUCUCAUUGGGUGGCCAUCCCUGGUGUUCAAAAUUCGGAAGCUUUCACUUUAGGUGACUUCCUUCCUGGAACCACGGUUCAUGUCCUGGUUCGAGCCCGAAAUCUUCACGGGCUUUCUCCCCCGAGUCCGGUCUCCAAACGGUUCGAAACGCUCCGACGUACCGACGAAGAAGAUGCCUCAGAUCCCCAAUAUCUACGUUCCAAGUUAUCGGACACAAAAGUGAUGGAACUAGAAAGGGCCACAGUGCUGGGAUCGAGGAAGGUGAAACUGGCCUGGGAGCUUCACAUCCCGCAAAAGUUCGUGACGGGCUAUCACAUUCAAUUGCGAGAUCUGUCCGAGCUAGACUCAGAUGGAAGUUAUGACGUCAUCACCUUGUCCGGAGGCGGGACUCGAUCUCACACCCUCACCGAUCUUCGCCCCAAUACGGAGUAUUCCAUCUUCAUGCUGCCCUAUAAUCGAAGAAUCAAAGGCCUACCAACCAAGUUGAUUCGCAUCACAACCAAAGAGGAUGUACCAACUGCUGCCCCGGAAAAUGUCAAGAUCCAGAUGCUUAAUCUCACAGCGGCCGUCAUUCAGUGGCACGAGCCACCUCGGCGAGAUCUCCACGGAGACCUGAAGGGCUACAAGGUCCUCAUUGACGUCAAUGGCACUGAGGCACUCAACUUCACAUUAGACCCGACUUCAAAUUCCCUCAUUCUCUACAAUCUGACUGAAGGGCUCACCUACACGGUCCAAGUUGCGGCUUACAAUCGGCAGGGAGUGGGCCCUUUGUGUCAUUCAGUGGAACUUCUCGUCGAAACGGACUUGUUCCACCAUCAACUGGUGCCAGAACAGGCCCCUGGUAUGGAUCUGGUGGUCCAAGAGGUCUGGUUCGUCAUGGUCGUUUCCUUUUUCUCUGUGAUGCUUUUGGUGGGAUUCUUGGCCAUGGUCUGUUUUCGACGAAUUCGCCAAGAUGGAAAACACAUGGGGCAUUACAACGUCCCGAUUCACAAGGUGGACAAUCUGAGCCACGUGAACUUCAAUGACAGGGACCAUUUGUGGUUUGACCCGGCAUGGAAAUCCGGCGGCGGAUCGCCAUCCAAUGCCAAUAAUAACAAGGCUCAGCACGACCCUAUGGCUGAGAUGUUGGAGAACAAUGCCAAGAAUCCGAAAACCGCCAAUCUCUUUAUCAACAAACUUCAUGAGACCACAGACUACGCCGAAGUGGACGCGGCCUCCACCGUCAACGGCCUAGAAUUCGGAUCAAAACCGGAGAACACGGAGAGUGGUCCAUAUGCCACCACUAAUCUGGUUGACUCGCCAUUCCUCUCCAAAUCGAACAACAAUAGCCUGACAUACGGCGGCUCCUCUAAUGGUAUGCUGACCUCGAGUGACCUCAAUGGGACAGUGGGAGGUCACGAUAUCACCCCCAAUCAUUCCCUUCAUCAUCAUAAUAACAAUAUCCCGCCCAAUUCCUCGUCCCAUUCCGACGGAACGAACAAAGAUUCCUUAUCUUCCUCGUCAGGAAGCACAAUUGCUACAAAACGCAGCCGUCAGUCUCAAGAAUCGCCCAGUCCGGCUCCUAAUCGGGAUGGCACCCCCAAUACACUCCCACCCCUCCCCAAUCCCAACUUCACCUCGCUAAGCAAUACUCAAAGACUGAUUCACCCGCACGCAGCCUCAGAAGCACGGCUGAAUAAAUUCAAUUCGCACGAAAAUGGCCCGAAUAACCCGCCCGCACCACCUCAACGAGGGAUGUCAUCCUACAACGGCGUACGAACCGGGAGUUUUGGAUCGUUCGGGCAUUACGCCACGCCCAUGACGUUCGUAAAUGGCUCCAAUACCAAUUUUCCUCAACAAAUGCCAGCCAUGAACGGCAGUUUCGGGCACUCCCAGUUUUCGAUGCCUGGAAUGUUCUUCCAUCAUCCGUAUCCGGGAAUGAGUGGAUACUGUAUGAGCCCAAUGCCUCCUCGUCACUUCCAUCCGGGGUCGGGAUAUCAAUCCACGGAUUCUGGAGUUCCACUUGGGAACGAGAGUGCCAACGAAGAACAUUAUGAGUCGGCGUCGGUUUGCUUUGGUCCAGCUCCUAAUUCGGCCAUGGCAGCCCAUUGGAUCAUGAAUGGCCAGGGUGGACCAGGCGUAUUGCCCCACGGUCCCUUGUCCAAUUCCCAAUGCAAUUAUCCAACUCCAACGCCAACGAGUAGGUCUGAAGGGGUCAAAGGAGGAAACCACGGCUAUGCCAGUGAAAACGAACAAACUGGGGUGGAUGGGAGCGAAUUUGGAGAUGAUCAAGGCUGCUGGGAAUGGGGAUCCAAUGUGUAUUUGUCGGAUGAUGAUUCUGAAGCUAUCAACGCUGGCGAAUCGUGUUCAGUUUAUGCGGGAGCUGAGUCCGAUUAUGACAUCCAAUCUGCUAAUGGCGGAGCUAAAACCAAGCUUCAGCUUAAGAGCGCCUUGCCAUCACAUAGCCAACGCUUUCCUGGCCAGUCAGGCCACGCCUACCCACCUCGCAGGCCUACUUCUGUAUGCAGCACAGACUCCAAUUAUAGCGUGGUCAACCGAGGGCGGCCUUCACCUCAACAAAAGAGGCUGAAGGCGAAGGUAGCGCGGUCGAAAUAUUCCCACCAGGAACCUGGGAAGGUAGAAGAACCCAUUUAUUCUACUUUCAAACCUCAACAGACUGUUGGAGGUGGACCCAAAGACCAUUUGGGAAUCAUGACCGCUUCCACAGGGAGAUUAGCCACGGAAUUCAAGUUGUCAGAGUCCAAGGAGAGGUCUCCACCCCCACUUGACCCAAAUCAAGGCUCAAGUACAUCCGCCAAAAGCAGCCAUCUCAAUGCCAGAGGCUCGAGGUCGGCCUCGAGCACACCUCAAAUCCAUAGACGAACUACAGUAGAUCAUCAAAUGACCCUGUCGGACAUUUUGAAGCAAGAUCAGUCUUAGAAUAAGUUGUCAUCGUCAUCGCCUUCACAGAAUGGCAUGCACGUGCAACAGUCGAAUAAGAAUGCCGAGAAGUUUGAGACGGAUCCGUCGGCUCAAAGCGAAUUUGCCAGAGUCAGUGAGGACAUGAGUGAACUUGUGUACCAUUUGAAUUCUAUACAAAACGACAUAUCAGAAAUGACUGGAACAAACAUAUCAUUGCAUGGAACCAAUUGAGGAGUUCCACCCAACGGAAGAACGUCGCCAUUAAAAAGGAAACAUUUUCUUGUUGCUUGACAAGUUCGAUCCCUGAAUUGAUUGGUAUUGUUUUCUUCAGUGAAGUCGUGUAAUGAAAGCUUUGCUGUUUCUAUCUCUAUUUAGCCAAGUCCUUUGAGACACCUGUCAGACUGUUCCGAUCUAAUGGAUACAUGAUUGUUAAAGAAAUAGACUUCAAGAAUAAGUUUUACUUA